AUGUCCGCAAGCGAGACCUUUUCCUACGGCCCACAUGAACUGCAGCGGCUUCAUGUUUCGGGAAUAUCUGGGGCGCCUGCUCAGACGAAAGACGACCGUUACUGGGUAAUAUACAUCCAUGGUGGCGCCUGGCGAGACCCCACUAUUCUUGCGGACUCGUUCAAGUACACAGAAGCGGUUUUGCGGCAACAUUCUCUCGUGCAAGGCCAUGUAGCUGCUUUUGCUUCGAUAGACUAUCGCUUGAGCCCACACCCAAAUUUUCCUCAGGACUCGAAUGACACCCCAGAGAGUCAACUCCGGGCUGCGAAGCACCCAGAUCACUUGCAGGAUGUGCAAGCCGCGCUCAAGUUUCUGCAAGACAAGUAUGCUUUCGGAGAGAAAUAUAUUCUCAUCGGACACAGCUGCGGAGCCACUCUAGCGUUUCAAACAGUCAUGGACAGAGUGAAUGGAGAAACUCUUAGCACAACAAGAAUACCAAAACCCAUAGCCAUUGUUGGUGUUUGUGGGAUUUACGAUCUCCGACUUUUACGAGACGAUUUCAAGCAGUACGAAUCAGUUGGGGCGUUCAUAAAAGGAGCCUAUGGCGACAACGAGGAAGUUUGGGACCAAGUAAGCCCAGCUAGCGCGAUUGACUCGGACGGGGUGGCCUCUGGGUGGUCAACGGGUCAAGUGGCUGUCGUAGCGAGUUCAAGGAAUGACUCACUCAUUAACCCUCCCCAGGGACUGGCUAUGCAGGAAACUCUUAAUACGUGGGAAAGUGUACAUUCUGAAAGAAAAAUUAUCUUCCUCGACGAUCUUUUGGAAGAUCAUGAUGAUGUGUGGAGCAAGGGCCAAGAACUCGCGAGGACCAUUAUAGCUGCGAUAGAGAGUCUAGUUGGCAAGUAA